AGUGACAGAACUUUAAUGGAACUCUUUGAAGGCUCUUGCCAUUACAUCCAAUAAGCUGACCUGGCACUUAAUUAUCAAAACCCUGGUAGACCUGGAACAGUUAAAUAUUUUGUAAACUUGAUGGAACCAAUAAGCCUCUGUUAUCCAGGCCAUGAGCUCUUCAGGAGAUGAACCACGUCCAUCUUAUUCACAGACUCGUGAGCGACUUGUGCAGGUUGUUCCUCCUGAUUUAAUAUGUUCACUUACAUGUGGAGGUCGUGAUUGCCGCUAUGAAGGUCCAGAGGACUGGACUGUGGACCAACAAGCAAUCCGUGGUCUGUACUCUUCUUGGAUUACAGAUGAGAUUCUGGCAACAAGCCGCCCAUCUACUCGUCUUAUUCAGAAUUACAAUAUCACAGAGCAGUUCCACAAGUUUGGUAUACGGUCUCUGAUCAAUGCACAACUUCCCUGGGAACAUGGCCAUUGUGGAGAUUCUCUUGAACCCCAGAGUGGAUUUUCAUACAGGCCUCAAGAUUUCAUGGAUUCUGGCAUCUCCUUCUAUAAUUUUGGGCUUCCUGACUUUGGGGUAGUCGCUGUGCCAAGAAUUCUGGAUGCAGUAAAAGUGAUUGCAUUUGCUCUGCGAGAGGGAAGAGUAGCGGUGCACUGCCAUGCUGGACUAGGCCGCACAGGGGUGCUCAUUGCAUGUUACUUGAUCUAUGCAUGCCGUGUUAGUGCUGCAGAUGCUAUUCGUUUUUUACGUCUUCGCCGCCCUGGCUCUAUACAGACAGGAUCCCAAGUAUCUCUUGUUUGUGAUUUUGCCCUAUUUUUAGGUUCACAAUGGACAGUUUUCCCAAAUGCAAUUCCUGGCUGCCCUGCAUUUACCUUAAGUCAGUAUCUGGUCUGCCAACGUCACCUUCUUCAUGGACAGGAAGCUCGAAGUUUGCGUCAUAUUCCAAAGCCUGUAGUAGUUAUAUGUCGGAGGCUGGCCCAGCUGGCAGGUGGUAGGAGAGCAAGAGGCCCAUGGGUAGAACUGGAAAGAGAGGCUGCACAUAAACUUCUACGCCAGGUCAUUAUGAGGGCAGCUAGUGAACGUCACUGUAAGAAGGCUCAGUCACCGGUCUGUGAAAGUGAAGACACUGAACAGGAUACAAGACGAAAAAAGAGACGAGGGCUCUUGCAAAGUCAAGUCAGCUGUGACACAGGAAUCCUGCAACUCCUGCUGACAAGUGACACAUCAGUGGAUAUGGUGAACAAUGGGCUGUGUGAACUCAACCUUGUUAAAACGUCAGGACCUGAGCCAUCAGAUCCCAAAAUUGCUGACAUUAUACAGAAAAACGUGCAAAACAAUGGCCCAAAGAUAGACAGUCUUGCAGAGCCAUGUCAACCUGUUACUCCACACCAUGUUUUGUGCAUUGCAGAAGCCAUGGCUGAACUGGAAACCCCAGACACAAUGGUAAAGCAGAGGGUGGAUGAUCUGCAGAUCCUGGUGAAUGAAGAAGGAGCUUGGGCUGAGGUAUCCACAGAGAGCAAUCCCAAAAUCCUCAGCAUCCUGCUGUGGAAUUGGCUGCAACAAUUAUCGGAACCAGUACUGAGUCAGAAUGAUGUGAACAUCUUUUGUGAUGGGGAUUGGAGACAAAAUCUGAAGAAAUUGAGUAGGAGUCAAGGGGAGACGCUCUGCUGUCUUCUUCAAUGUGUUAGCAAACUAUCUUCACUAUCAAUUGCUUUGGAAGAGCUGGUUUUAUUGAGACUUCUCAAAGCACUAACAAAACAACCACAGGAUGCCCCCCAUGUGUCCCCUACUGUUUUGCUACAACUGCGCUCCAUUGUACAUGAGAUUAGGGCGCAUGGUGUCACUUCCCGGUUACAGCGCACAGCUGCAGAAUCCACACAACGAAGGCAACUAAAUGCAGAGAAAAAAGAGGGGAAGAUCAGUUAAUGGAUGUAUAGAAGGCUUAAUGUAUUUUAGACAAUAGGGGUUGUCUCAUGAAGAAGACAGUGCUGCAGUCAGGUGUGGUCCAGGUUUUUUAUACCCUUGCAGUAUGCUGUUAUCUGCUAGGGUGUCUGGCCAUUUUAUUUCCAGAUAUUUCUAAUAUGUCGAUUGAUAUAGUGAUUUCAUUUAUUUAUAAGAUCUUUUUAAUACACUUAUAACUGAAGAACAGAAAAUUAAAAAGGUUAAAAGCUUUGAACACCUUUGUGCCAAUAGUUUUUAUUGUUUAUUUGCUUCCUAAACGUAUAACUAAGGGCUUUCAUUAAAUGUGUGGUGGCCCAGUACGGGAUGGUGUUGCCCUGUACCUUUCCUGCCC